UGUUCCUCCUCCAUCCAUAAGCGGGGGAGUGAGAGGUGCAUGAAAUGGAGAAAAAUGGCGGAUCAUGUGCAGGGCCUUGCCCAGCUGGAGAUCCUGUGUAAGCAGCUGUAUGAGACCACCGACACCGCCGUCCGACACCAGGCCGAGAAAGCUCUGGUGGAGUUCACCAACAGCCCCGACUGCCUCAGCAAGUGUCAACUGCUGCUGGAGAGAGGCAGCUCUUCAUAUUCUCAGCUGCUUGCAGCCACAUGUUUAUCUAAACUGGUUUCUCGGACCAGCAACCCUCUACCCCUGGAGCAACGCAUCGACAUCCGGAACUAUGUGCUGAAUUAUUUGGCGACGAGGCCGAAGCUGGCGGCGUUCGUGACUCAGGCUCUGAUCCAGCUCUACGCCAGAAUCACCAAACUGGGCUGGUUCGACUGUCAGAAGGACGACUACGUCUUCAGAAACGUCAUUGCAGACGUGACACGAUUUCUGCAGGACAGCGUUGAGCAUUGCAUCAUCGGAGUCACCAUCCUGUCCCAGCUGACCAAUGAGAUCAACCAGGCCGACACAACGCAUCCCCUGACCAAACAUAGGAAGAUAGCUUCAUCAUUCAGAGAUUCCUCCCUCUUCGACAUCUUCACGCUUUCCUGCAACCUCCUCAAACAGGCUUCGGGGAAGAACCUGAACCUGAACGAUGAGUCUCAGCACGGCCUCCUCAUGCAGCUCCUCAAGCUCAGCUACAAUUGCCUCAACUACGACUUUAUAGGAACUUCCACAGACGAGUCGUCGGACGACCUCUGCACCGUUCAGAUCCCAACGUCAUGGAGAUCAGCGUUUCUUGAUUCCUCCACCCUGCAGCUGUUUUUCAAUCUGUAUCAUUCCAUCCCUCCAUCCCUUUCCCCGUUGGUGUUGUCAUGUCUAGUCCAGAUCGCCUCGGUCAGAAGGUCCCUGUUCAACAACGCAGAGCGAGCAAAGUUCCUGUCUCACCUGGUGGACGGAGUCAAGAGGAUACUAGCGAACCCUCAGUGUUUGCCGGAUCCUAACAACUACCACGAGUUCUGCCGCCUGCUGGCGAGGCUGAAGAGCAACUACCAGCUGGGGGAGCUGGUGAAGGUGGAGAACUACCCUGAGGUCAUUCGUCUCAUAGCAAACUUCACUGUCACCAGUCUGCAGCACUGGGAGUUUGCCCCCAACAGUGUUCACUACCUGCUGAGUCUUUGGCAGCGUCUGGCGGCAUCGGUUCCGUACGUUAAAGCCACCGAGCCUCACCUGCUGGAGACCUACACACCUGAGGUGACCAAGGCCUACAUCACGUCACGACUGGAGUCGGUGCACGUCAUCCUCAGAGACGGGCUAGAAGACCCUCUGGACGAUGCCGGCCUGGUGCAGCAGCAGCUGGACCAGCUGUCCACCAUCGGCAGGUGUGAGUACGAGAAGACGUGCGCUCUGCUGGUGCAGCUCUUCGACCAGGCGGCUCAAACCUACCAGGAGCUGCUGCAGUCCACCAACUCCAGCGCCGCCGACGUCACAGUGCAGGAAGGGCGGUUAACGUGGCUGGUUUACAUCAUCGGAGCUGUGAUUGGUGGACGGGUGUCCUUCGCCAGCACAGACGAGCAGGACGCCAUGGACGGAGAGUUAGUCUGUCGGGUGCUCCAGCUGAUGAACCUGACCGACUCCCGGCUGGCCCAGGCCGGUAACGAACGACUGGAACUGGCCAUGCUCAGCUUCUUCGAGCAGUUCAGGAAGAUCUACAUCGGCGACCAGGUGCAGAAAUCAUCAAAGCUUUAUCGACGACUAUCAGAAGUUCUGGGUUUGAACGACGAGACGAUGGUACUGAGCGUCUUUAUAGGGAAAAUCAUCACAAACUUGAAGUACUGGGGCCAGUGUGAACCAAUCACCUCCAAGACACUCCAGCUGCUCAACGACCUGUCGCUAGGGUACAGCAGCGUGAGGAAGCUGGUGAAGCUCAGCGCCGUUCAGUUCAUGUUGAACAACCACACGAGCGAACACUUCUCCUUCCUGGGCAUCAACAACCAGUCAAACCUCAGCGACAUGAGGUGUCGGACCACCUUCUACACGGCUCUGGGGCGCCUCCUCAUGGUGGACUUGGGUGAAGACGAGGACCAGUUCGAACAGUUCAUGCUGCCGCUGACGGCAGCGUUUGAAGCCGUCGCUCAGAUGUUGAGUACGAACACGUUCAAUGAGCAGGAGGCCAAGAGGACUCUGGUCGGUCUGGUCCGCGACCUUCGAGGAAUUGCCUUCGCCUUCAACGCCAAGACAAGCUUCAUGAUGCUGUUCGAUUGGAUAUAUCCGGCCUACAUGCCCAUCCUGCAGCGGGCCAUCGAGCUCUGGUACCACGACCCAGCAUGCACCACGCCGGUCCUCAAGCUCAUGGCCGAGCUCGUCCACAACAGAUCUCAGAGGCUUCAGUUCGACGUUUCGUCACCAAACGGCAUCCUGCUGUUCAGGGAAACCAGCAAGAUGAUCACCACCUACGGGAACCGGAUCCUGACGCUGGGUGAGGUUCCCAAGGACCAAGUCUACGGGGUGAAGCUGAAGGGCGUCAGCGUCUGCUUCGCCAUGCUGAAGGCGGUGCUCAGCGGAAACUACGUCAACUUUGGUGUCUUCCGUCUCUACGGCGACGACGCUCUGGACAACGCCCUGCAGACCUUCAUCAAGCUGCUGCUGUCCAUCCCCCACAGUGACCUGCUGGACUAUCCGAAGCUCAGCCAGUCCUUCUACUCAUUGCUGGAGGUUCUGACACAGGAUCACAUGAACUUCAUCGCCAGUCUGGAGCCUCACGUCGUCAUGUACAUCCUGUCGUCGAUAUCAGAAGGACUCACGGCACUCGAUACGAUGGUGUGCACAGGCUGCUGCUCCAGUCUGGACCACAUCGUCACCUACCUGUUCAAGCAGCUGUCGCGUUCCACCAAGAAACGUCCGACUCCGAUGGCGACGGACGACCGGUUCCUGCACAUCAUGCAGCAGCAUCCGGAGAUGAUCCAGCAGAUGUUGUCCACCGUGUUGAACAUCAUUAUCUUCGAGGACUGUCGGAACCAGUGGUCGAUGUCUCGGCCUCUUCUGGGCCUCAUCCUGCUCAAUGAGAAGUAUUUCGCUGACCUGAGGAACAGCAUUGUCAACAGUCAGCCUCCAGAGAAGCAGCAAGCCAUGCACUUAUGUUUCGAGAACUUGAUGGAGGGAAUCGAAAGAAAUCUACUAACUAAGAACCGGGACAGGUUCACUCAGAACCUGUCGGUGUUCAGGCGUGAGGUCAACGACAGCAUGAAGAACUCCACAUACGGCGUCAACAGCAACGACAUGAUGAGCUGACAUUCCACUGGGCAGAGCCCCACCCUCCCCCCCGGCUCCCUCCCCCUCCCCCGGCUCCCUCCCCCCUCUGCAUCCGCCUCCCCCCCUCCCCCCUCGGGCCCGGAUGCCCGGGGUCACGCCCCUCCGCCUGGCCCCGCCUCCUUUUUGAUAUGAGCAUAUAUAAAUAUAUACAGAUCUAUUUUAAAGCCUGGGGGAGGGGUCGCAUGGCUCCGCCCCCUGACGGGACGGAGGGAGGGAGGGAGGGAUCGCCGUGACGACGGGGACGAGCGCCGGUAACCGUAGUAACCCGCUUCUGCCUGCCUUGUAUAGAAACACACAGAAAAACCCAAGUGUACAUUUUUUUUGGUAACAUUUUGAACAAUGUUUAUAACGAUCGACUUUCGACACAACGGAGGAAAAAACAAACAAACAAACAAACAAAAAAGCGUGUGACUGAGCUUUUUACCGAGUAGUGAGUUAGUGCAGCUGUCUGUCUGAGAGAUGGGGGAGACGAUGGGGGAGGACAGGGAGACGUUUCCCUCCGCUUGAAGUGAUGUAAAUAAACCUGCAGGGGGCGGGGCCACACAGGGAGCGGAGUCAGAGAGGGGCGGGGCAUCCGGCUGUCACCUGACGAGUCGAGAAAAGAAACGAAACCGAGUGCUGAAGCAGCUGACCAGGAUGAUGAUGACAAUAAUAACAACAAUAGUAAAAUAAUAAUAAUAAUAACAGUGAUAAUGAUAAAGGUAAUAAUAAUAACAAUGACAAUAUUAUUAUUAUUAUUAUUACUACUACUACUACUAAUAAUAAUAAUAAUAAUAAUAAUAAUGGUAAUAAUAAUAAUAAUAAUAAUAUGAUUAGUAGUAGUAAUAAUAAUAAUAAUAAUAAUAAUAAUGCUAAGAAGAAGAAGAAUUAAGCUCCAGCGGUCGAUUAAUGGAACAAAAAAUUAGUAUUUUUAUUAAUAACAAUAAUAAUGUUGAUUAUUUUAAUUGGAGCUCCAACAGUUUGUUCGUUAAUGUAACAUGAAAUUAAUCUGCAACACAUUUAUCAUUAUUAUUAUUAUUAUUAUUAUUAUUAUUAUUAUUACUACUAAUAUUAAUAGUAACAAUAAUAAUAAUAAUUAGAGCUCCAGCUGUUUGUUAGUUCAGUUAUUAUUAAAUUCAUUAAUUAAAUAAAAAUGCUGUAUUAGUAUUUUUGUUGUUAUUAAUAAGUACAUUUUUUUUUUUUUUCAAAAACAAUUGAUUAAACAAUUAUUAGCAGUUUAAUUUAAUUUUUGGUUUUUGGCAAAAAUUUAAUUUCAUUAAAUUAUUUUCAGUUUUUCUUUCAGGACACUAAACCUAAAACAAACACUGAAAAAUGUGAUCAGUUCAAAGAAUCUGCAGUUUCAGCUUUUAUAGAAUAACAAUAAUGAUAGUAAUAAAAUAAUAAAAAUAAUGAUGAUUAUUAUUACAAUAAUAAUAAUAGAUUUUAUUAUUGAAUAAUUAUUCAAUAAUAAUUAUUAUAAUAGUAAUAAUUACAAUAAUAAUAUUUUAUUUAUUAUUAUUAAUAAUAAUAAUAAUAAUAAUAAUAAUAAUUUAUCAUUAUUCUUAUUUGACAAAUUUCAACUCUUUUGUUUCCAGAUUUUCUAAUUUUCUUCUUUGCUGCUUUUCUUUUUUGACACUAAAUUAAAAAUAAAAACACUGAAGAAAUAUGAUUCAACAGAAUCCUCAGCUGCAGCUCCGAAUAUUAUCAAUAUUAAUAUCAUGUUAGGUUUUUAGUUUAUUUUCUUCACUAAACUGAACAUUGUCGGGUUUUAAUCUGUUAAUAAAUUCAUUACAAAAUCAGCGAAACGUUUUCUGGUAUUUAGACAAAAGAACCAUUAAAAAAUAAUUAGCAGAUUAAUUCAAAGAAUCCUCAGUUACAGCUGUUAUUAUUGUUGUUAUUAUUAUUAUUGUUGUUGUUAUUGUUAUUAUUAUCAUUAUUAUUAUUAUUGGAGUAGCAGUGGUUAUCAAUCAGAAUAUUAAUCAUCAACAUUUCAAACAAACUUGUUAUUUUUAAGAAAAAAUCUGAAAUUAUUUCAUCAACACGUGAAGAAAACGAGCAUUUUUCAUUUUUUUCUCUGAACUCUUCCCAGAUUCCAGUUCCUCUGAUUGGAGGAUUUUUCUGCUUUUUCAAUCUGAACGUCUGAAACCUUCGAAAGUUCCAUUUUUCUGUUUCUCAGUUUGGAGUUUUCUACAGAAAAUUCAUCAUCCAAAUAAUUAUUAUCAGUUUAAUCAAUAAAAUAAGAUGAAUUUAAUGAGUUCAGAAUGAAACCAGCAGGAAACAUAAAAUAUUUCUGAUGGAUCUAAAGACUCUCAUGUUCAGGUUCACUGUUUUCCUUCAGACUGAAUGUGGAUAAAAAGUGUUUUUCCUCAAACUUCAUCCUUCAGACAAGUUUAAAGUUACAAUUAGAGCUGAACAAACAGAAAUAAAGCAGGAGGAAGAAGCUGAUUCUAUCUGAGUUCUCAUCUACUGAAGCUUAAACCUCGAAUCAGUAAAGCUAAAUUCUUUAUUUUAUCCUCUCAGGCUCCUCGGGCUGAAACUUUAUAAAUAUAUUAUUAAAAAAAACAAAAUGUUUGCAGAUUGAAGCUUCUGCACAUAAAAUUCACUGAUUUUCUUCAUGUUUUAUUAUAAAGUGAAUAUUUAGUUUAUUCAGUCGAUCAAAACUCUUCUGCUCAGCCGUCAUUUUAUUAACAGAUUAAUAAAAAAACUAAUAGAAGCCUUCAAUAACAGAUCUGCAGGGAUUAUUUACUGCCCAUUGAUCUGUUAAUUAUUUAAUCGAUCAGCUGUUUGGUCGUCAGACGUCACAAAAAAAUCAAGAAAUAAUCAGCAGGUUAAUCAAUAAAAUCACCAUAAUAAAUUAAUUUGUACAGAAGCAUUUCUCAGCCUUUAAAGUGUUUUUAAAACAGAAACACAAAUAAAAAUAAAGUUUUAUUAAAAUCAGAUUUAAACUAAAGAUGCAAUUACUUUCUGAUUUAUCUUUUUUCAAUCAAAACCCCAAUCAACAAUCGAUUGUCUCUCAUCAUAUGCAGACAUUGAGGACAGUUUCAUCCGCUGCCGAGGUUUUAUUUUCUGAGUCUGUUACAUUUUCAUCGACUUCAGACAAUCAAAGAACUUCUGUUCCGUUUGAGAUGUUUUCAGUUUGUAGAAACUCCAUGGAGAAGCUCUGGUCUGAAUGUUUGACCUGCAGAGGAACUCAAACUUUAUCAGAAAAGUCUUCUUCAGGAGUUUCUCCUGUAGGAGCGACACUCUAAAUGUCUGAUCUACAGAGGAACUUUAAGUCCAUCACAGCGGCUCUGGUUCCUCCUGAAGAAGCUGAAGUCUUUAUGAUCAUUUUUAAGUUCUUCUGCAGGUCAGAGAUAAAGACUUUAGGAUGCUCGAGGAGUUUCUUCUGAAGAACCUUUAGUGUUUGUAUUUCCGCUGCAGAGGAAUUUAAAGUUUAUCAUAGAAACUUCAGGAGACUCAGUGUUUCUUCUGAAGAAGCUAUAGUCAAAAUAUUUGACUUCUAGAGGAAUUUAAAGUCCAUCACAAACGCUCUUACUUGUCCUGAAGAAGCUGCAGUCUUCAGGAUUAACUUUUAAGUUCAUCUGCAGAUCAAACAGAACAACCUACAGCGUUUUUCCUGAAAAACCUGCAGUUUUAAUUACAGAGGAACUUAAAGUUUAUCAUAAAAACUUUAAGAGAUUCGGUGUUUCUCCUGAAGAAGCUGCAGUCAGAAUAUUUGUCUUCUAGAGGAACUUAAAGUCCGUCUCAGAGGCUUCAGGAAGCUCGUGGUGUUUCUGAUCUUGGUGCCGCCACAAACAGCGACGGGUUUGAACACCCCUCUAGAGCUCCACCCACCUGCCCCAAAGCCCCGCCCCUCUCUUCGAAGUGAAACUCGACACGGCGGCGUCCUGCAGGCGUCGCCCGCUGCUUGUCGAACGUGUAAGCAACAUGGUUGCGGCUACAUUUUCCCCUCUGGUAGGCCGGGUGCAGUUUCCACCAUUUUGUUUACACUGUGGACUGGCCGGAACCGGACUUUUCCCCGCCGGGUCCCGCGGCCGAGUCCGACUGGCGUGUGCGUUGUUGUUUGUUUGUGUGUGUUUGUGUGUUGCCUGGUGUGUGCGUAUGUGGCGUCUCAGGUGCUGCGACGGCUUGAAACCGCGACGGAGCUCAAACGGCCGACGAAAGUUUAGCGCCGCUCGAGACAUCGGAGCUCCUCUGAAGGAUCCAGUUUAGUUUGAAGAAGCCGGUAGAAGUCAGAACGGUGUAAAAAGAGAAGCAGGAGUGGAUCAAUUAGCAACUUGUGUUACUCUCUACGAUGUUGCUGCUAACUGUUUGUGACAACUAGCUCAUCUCUAACCAUGUCAGCACUCACGGAUGUUGUUGAGUUCCUACUUUUGGUUUGUGUCCCUGAUGUGAAUGUGUUGGGUCCAUAGAGUGAAUAGCUGUUUGAGUUGUUUGGAUGUCUGCUACAUAUAGUGUAAGCAUUGUGACUGCAAAUAAACCUCAUUGAUUUUUA